UUAGACAAACGACAGAAGACCGAAGGCAUCCAACGACGUCGGAUUCUCCUCCUAAAAUACACACCGUUCCUCUGCCUCAACGCCCUCAACCCUCCCUCUCUGCCUCUCUCUCUUUCUUCCGAAGCAUGACCAGCUCCUCCGCUCCUUCUCGCAAGGCUCUGAGCAAGAUCGCUUGCAACAGACUGCAGAAAGAACUGAUGGAAUGGCAACUCAAUCCCCCCUCUGGAUUCAAGCACAAAGUCACUGAUAAUCUCCAAAGAUGGAUUAUCGAAGUCAAUGGUGCUCCGGGGACUCUCUACUCAAAUGAAUCCUACCAGCUUCAAGUUGAUUUUCCCGAGCAUUAUCCCAUGGAAGCACCGCAGGUUAUUUUUCUCCAGCCUGCUCCUCUGCAUCCCCACAUUUACAGCAAUGGCCAUAUCUGUUUAGAUAUUCUGUAUGACUCAUGGUCCCCGGCCAUGACUGUGAGUUCUAUCUGUAUAAGCAUUCUCUCCAUGUUAUCAAGCUCGACUGCGAAGCAACGCCCUGCAGAUAAUGAUCGCUACGUGAAGAACUGCAGGAAUGGAAGGUCUCCUAAGGAGACUAGAUGGUGGUUCCAUGAUGACAAAGUGUAGAAAAGGCCAUACAUCUAUAGUAGAGAAAGCAUUCCUGUGCCCUCACAUGCAGUCGGGAUUCAGAGCGAAUGUUCAUGAGUUGCUGCUACUGCUUGAAACUGCAUGCCUGUUAUUUGUAUAGGAAGAAGAGUUGUCAGUAUAAAGUACUCACAGACCAUUGAUAACAUACCUGUGCCUUUUAAUUAUCUAGCCUUGCCUAAUUGGAUGAGAAUCUUUGUCGCCCAAUGGCAAGUUUUUUUUCAUUAAUAUCACUUUAACUGGCAUGUCUUUA